UUGUUGGGAGAGUUUUACUGUCCAGAAGCUGUCCACCACCAUCACCACGAGCACCACCACCACCGCAACCGCCACACGUAGCGAAGUCGACCACCACCACCACGACCACCACCACAACCACCACCACCACUACCACCACCACCACCGCACGUAGAUAAGUCGACCACCACCACCACCACUACCACCACCACCUCCACUACCACCACCACCACUACCACCACCACCACCGCACGUAGAUAAGUCGACCACCACCACCACCACUACCACCACCACAACCACCACCACCACUACCACUACCACCACCGCACGUAGAUAAGUCGACCACCACCACCACCACCACCGCCACCACCACCGCCAAAACCACUACCACCACCACCACUACCACCACCACCACUACCACCACCACCACCGCACGUAGAUAAGUCGACCACCACCACCACCACUACCACCACCACCUCCACCACCACCACCACCACCUGAGUAGAGAAGUCGACCACCACCACCACCAACACCACCAACACCACCACCAACACCCCCACCACCACCGCCACCACCACCACCGCCACCACCUGAGUAGAGAGUGUGGGUGUUGGUGGUGAGUAGAGACAGCGGCCAUGUCGGUUGGGGUGGUGAGUUUCCUGCUCCUGCUGCUGAGCUGCUGGGCAGCGCUCCCCAUCGCAGCCUCGGCGGCAGAAGAUGGUGAAGAAGGUGGAGGUGGAGGAGGUGGUGGAGGAGGUGGACAAGGAGCGACCGCCACUGACGAAGAGUGCAGCGACUUCUCCAAGCUGGACCUGGGAGAUGCCUUCCGAGGCACCGAGGUGAAGGUGCGAUUCCUGCUCUAUCCCGCGGGUCUCCGCCGCGCCUGCGGCAAACUCCUCAACGCCAGCGCCGCCGGCAAGCUGCUCGCACCCACGGCGCCCGGUGGGGUGCAGGAGAGGCGAGUGACGUUUAUCAUCCACGGAUUCCGCAUCUCCGGAUCCAAGCCGGUGUGGCUGGACAGCAUGGUGGCGACACUUCAUGCGGUGAGGCCGGAGGGCGACGUGAUCGUCGUCGACUGGAACCACGGAGCCACUCACCUCGUCUACGGCGCCGCCGUCAGGAACGUGCGGCCAGUGGCCACCGAACUCGCUCAACUCGUACAGCGCCUGCUGCGGGACGGGGAAGUGCUGCCUGGGCGUGUCCACCUCAUCGGUGCCAGUCUAGGUGCACACGUCUCGGGCAUGGCGGGCGCCGACCUCAACGGAACCCUCGGGCGGAUAUCAGCGCUGGACGCGGCGGGUCCCGAGUUUGAGGAUCGGAACGCCGACGAGCGCCUGGACCACACGGACGCCGCAUUCGUGGACGUCUACCACAGCGACACCGACAUGUUCGGCAUCAAAACGUCGGUCGGUCACGUGGACUUCUACAUCAACGGCGGCGAAGACCAGCCGGGCUGCCCAAAAACCAUCCUGCAGGGGAAGGAGUUUGUGAUCUGCGACCACCAGCGCUCCUCGUUUCUGUUCCUGGCGUCGAUGCGAGCUCCGUGUAGCACUGCGGCGUUCCCCUGCGCAUCGCGAGAGGCCCUGCGGGAGGGUCUAUGCUCCGACUGCAACGUCGGACCAAUCGGGGUCUGUCCCCUGCUAGGCUACUGGGUAGAGCGCUGGCUGCCCCCCCAGGCGUUCAACUUCAGCGUAGUGGCCGCCUACGCAGAGACAUCCAACAACUCGCCCUUCGUGCGGCCGAGGUCGAAUGACAACAUCUGA